GCGAGGCCCAGCAGUAAGAUGGCGGCGGCGGUGGAGCUGGAGAGGGAGGCUCUGCGCGCGGAGGAGUUAAAGCCGCAGGGCCAUUACAACCAUGGCUACAGUGAGAGCGUUAGCCGUAAAAGCCAUGUGGAUGACUACAGCACCUGGGACAUUGUCAAAGCCACUCAGUAUGGAAUAUUUGAGCGGUGUCGAGAGCUGGUGGAGGCGGGGUAUGAUGUCCGUCAGCCAGAUAAAGAAAAUGUCACACUGCUGCAUUGGGCUGCCAUCAACAACCGCAUCGACCUGGUCAAAUAUUAUAUUUCAAAGGGUGCUGUCGUGGACCAACUCGGAGGAGACCUCAACUCAACACCUCUGCACUGGGCUACAAGGCAGGGCCACCUCUCCAUGGUGGUUCAGCUGAUGAAGUACGGAGCCGAUCCGUCUCUGAUUGAUGGAGAAGGCUGCAGCUGUGUGCAUCUCGCUGCUCAGUUCGGACACACUUCCAUCGUAGCUUACCUCAUAGCUAAAGGACAGGAUGUUGAUAUGAUGGAUCAGAAUGGCAUGACUCCUCUCAUGUGGGCAGCCUAUCGGACACACAGUGUGGACCCCACUCGGUUGUUGUUGACGUUUAAUGUGUCAGUGAAUUUGGGGGAUAAAUACCAUAAGAACACUGCGCUGCACUGGGCCGUUUUGGCGGGAAACACAACAGUGAUCAGUCUGCUUCUGGAGUCCAACGCUAACGUAGAUGCUCAGAAUAUAAAGGGGGAAACUCCGCUAGAUCUGGCCAAACAGAGGAAAAAUGUGUGGAUGAUUAAUCACCUGCAGGAGGCACGACAGGCUAAAGGCUACGACAGCCCGUCUUACCUAAAAAGGCUCAAAAUGGAUAAGGAGUUCCGUCAGAAGGUGAUGUUGGGGACCCCGUUUGUGGUCAUCUGGCUAGUGGGCUUCAUUGCUGACCUGGACAUCGACUCGUGGCUUAUUAAGGGGCUGAUGUAUGCUGGAGUGUGGCUCGCAGUGCAGUUUCUUUCUAAGUCUUUCUUUGACCACUCCAUGCACAGUGCCCUGCCUCUUGGUAUUUACCUGGCCACUAAGUUCUGGAUGUAUAUCACCUGGUUCUACUGGUUCUGGAAUGAUCUGCCGUUUGUCACCAUCCACCUGCCCUUCCUGCUCAACAGCCUGGCUCUCUUCUACAACUUCGGGAAAUCCUGGAAGUCUGACCCUGGCAUCAUCAAAGCAUCUGAGGAGCAGAAGAAAAAGACUAUAGUAGAGUUGGCAGAAACAGGCAGUCUGGAUCUGAGUAUAUUCUGCAGCACCUGUUUAAUACGGAAGCCCAUCAGGUCCAAACACUGUGCAGUGUGUAACAGGUGCAUCGCCAAGUUCGAUCACCACUGCCCAUGGGUAGGCAACUGUGUAGGUAGUGGAAAUCAUCGGUAUUUUAUUGGUUAUUUAUUCUUCCUGCUGUGUAUGAUCUGCUGGAUGAUGUACGGCUGCAUUUGCUACUGGCGUCUGCACUGUGCGAGCAGCUACAGCAGAGAUGGAUUGUGGGUAUACAUUACUCAGAUUGCCACCUGCUCGCCUUGGAUGUUCUGGAUGUUUCUCAACAGUGUCUUCCACUUCCUGUGGGUGGCAGUGCUCAUCAUGUGCCAGCUCUACCAGAUUGCUGGUCUGGGCAUCACCACUAAUGAGCGGAUGAACGCAAGACGCUAUAAACACUUCAAGGUCACAGCAACGUCCAUUGAGAGUCCGUUCAACCAUGGCUGUGUGCGGAACCUGAUAGAUUUCUUCGAGCUGCGGUGUUGUGGUCUUCUGCGGCCGGUGGUCGUAGACUGGACGGUCCAGUUUUCCAUAGAAUAUGACCAAACGUCUGGUUCCGGAUACCAGCUGGUUUAACAUGGCCACAGAGCAAGCGAGAGAGAAAGAGAGAGAGAGAGGGGAGAGAGGAUGAGCGUUCAGCACCACAGUGUGUGUGUGUGUGUGUGUGUGUGUGUGUGUGUGUGUGUGUGUGUCAGUCAGUCAGUCAGUGUGUGUGUGUCUGUGUGUGUUUGCAGGGGAGGGGCUUUACUGGGCCAUCAUCUUCAGCCAGAGAGACUGCAGUCCACACUCGUCAUUAGCAUUAGCAUGAUGCUAACACAGACUGCCACACACACACACUCUCAGCCCAUCGUCCUCUUUCCAGCUGCUGCAGCCCUGGCUUACAUACACAGGCACACAACUCCCCAUGCGCACACCACACACACACUGCAGGUCUGUUAUUUUCAUUGUAAACAUUUCAUUUAAUUUAAUUUCAUUUAGUUUUGUUUAACUUUCUGUCCUCCUGUGGAAGAAUUUCACUUCUUUUGUUAAUUCUGUUUUUUUUUUUAACCUCCGAUCUGCUUACUCAGAUUAAGCUGGAGGUCAGAGGGUGUGUGUGUGUGUGUGUGUGUGUGUUUGCUGCAGACACAGGUGUUUAAUUGAACACAAAAUGGAACAGAAUGAGAGUCUGAAUGAAAUGAGUUUCUCUCCAGUUUAAAAUGUGAUUCUAUUUAUUUUAACAUUUAUUUAAUAUUUUCUAAAAUUAUCUUUUAACACCAUGAGGUCCUUUUACAUUUGUUUUCGUUUGAAAAGUCUGUGUAUAUGGGUGUGGGUGAGUUACCAGUGGUGUGUAUGUAUGUGCGUGCGCCCCUCUGGAUUUUUACUAAACAGAUAAAAUUUCACCCAGAAAAGGAACUGAAGGACUAAAUGACAAAACGGUUUCACUCAUGCACUGGCCUACAGGAGAGGUUCCAAACACAGUUUUUCAUUGUCACUCCAUUAAACUUCUGGUUUUAAUGACUUGAGCGCGUUUUUGUUUUUAGGAGUGAUUUUUUUCCGUCAGCUGAUGACACUGUUACUGAAGACUCUGUAGAUUGAGACCCUUUAUUCCGAGAGACGUUUUUAUUUGUGUUUAGUAUUUAUGUUGUUGACUUUGGGUUAAGCCCCACCCCCUCUCCACCCCUCUCCUGCGGGAUGCUCCGCAGUGUGAGCUGGACGAACUGAACUGAUGUAAAGAAUGUGUAUCUGUACAUAAACCUCCGUUUCUGUGAGUGAUAUAUUUUUUUUGUCAGUGUUAGUUGAAGCUGCUCCUUAAUGUUUUUGUUUUUUUUUGUUUGUUUGUUACCAAAAAGAGAAGAGUAUAACCGCAGUGUAUCUGACUGUAGCUGUUAGUGGUGUGUGCCACAGCUGUUUAUAAGCAUUUUAACCUGUGCAUCUCCAGUGCAUGAGCAAAGCUUGGGGCUGUUGCUAUAGUAACCAUGCCCUCACCCGCCUUCCUGCCAGCAGCCUGGCUGGCUGGGUGUCUGUAAAUAGUGAAUGUUCAGUAUUUGCGAGUAUGUUUUUUUUAUUUUUUUAAUUUCUUUUUUUUUAUAUUUUAAACCCAGUUUGUGUAUCUUUAGUGUUCGUCUGAUCUACAGAGCUUCAUUCCGUCCGCUCUGUGGAAAUGUGAUAUAUUUGAAUGUUUCAUUAAUAUUAAUAAUGGGAGAGAUUUUUUUUGGUUGUUUUGCUGGAUCUGUUCUUCACUGGAUCUAAAAGUGUAGAAAACUCUCUACCGAAGGUUUUAGAGAUAGUAACGAUGCGGAAUCAUGAUAUCUAAAAACAAAGAACGCCUGAUCAUGAAUGCUGGGUGGAUCUCAAUCGUCCAGAGAGAAUCUGCACUAAAGUGAAACAGAGUGAUUAAAGAAACUCAAACUCAUCACAAACGAAAUCUUUCCUUUUGUCUCCUCUGCCUUUUCUCCAGUGUGUUUAAGCACAUCUUCAUCUGCAGUGCCUCAGUCAGGAUUCACCCCAAACGCUUCAAAAACUUCCUGGGCAUGGUUUCAUUUUACUGGCUUUAAUACAAAAAUAAAACUUAAAUCUACCA